UAUCAGUAAGCUACAAGUUUCUAUUUCUGGUGAUCAAUCGUUAGUGCUUCGAAGUUUGUUGCUCACAAACAAACGAUUAGAAGUAAUCCAUCAUAGUCAAUAGUAGAAUAGCUUCUGAACAAUCUGAAAAUCUGAACUUACACCAGCAAGGGCAAUAUGCAGGCUAGUGACAGGUUUAAUAUCAACUCUCAACUUGAGCAUCUUCAAGCUAAGUAUGUGGGAACAGGACAUGCAGACAUGAACAGAUUUGAAUGGGCAGUUAAUAUCCAAAGAGACAGCUAUGCAUCAUAUGUUGGGCAUUAUCCAAUGCUUGCAUAUUUUGCAAUAGCAGAAAAUGAAUCAAUUGGAAGAGAACGCUACAAUUUUAUGCAGAAAAUGUUGUUGCCAUGUGGUCUUCCACCAGAGAGAGAAGAGGAAUAACGCAAUGAGGUUCUUCAUGGGGAGAUUUAUAGUUGUUUAUGAUUGCAUUAUGAAAAACUUGUGUAGCAUCAACUUGAUGUGAGGAUAAGAAAGUAUGUUGAGUUUUUUAUGUUUAUGUCACAUGUAAUAUGUUCUCUAUUAA